AUGGUGAAGCUGGAGAGAGUCCAACGAGUUGCCACCCGUAUGAUUGCCGGGUUACGCGGGUGUUGCUACACCGAACGAUUGCAUGCGACUGGAUUGUUUCCGGAGUCCUAUCGCCGAGUACGGGGUGAUAUCAUCUGUGUGCCACGCAUUCUCCGCGGUGACAUGGGUCCAGAGUUGAUGGAGUAUUUCCCUCUGCGCGAGCAGACCAGGACUCGUGGACAUGGACUUACGCUGUUGAAGCUUUCGUCCGUAGGAUUACCUCUUCGGUUCCGGCUAUCGCGAAGGGUAACCAACCUUUGGAACUCCCUUCCAGCUGACGUGGUGCAAGAGGUCAAUGAUAAGAUGUUCAAGAGGAAGCUCGACAGCGUCCUGCGAACAAUGUGGUAUGCAGAUCUAUCAUGA